GGUUAAUUCUGACAAAUGUCUCUGCAGACUGACUGUGUAGCUAGAAUAUCACAAACAGAUGGCUCAGUUCUUGGAUGGAUUCUCCUCCCCAAUCUGAGAGAAGGAUUGCUACACAAUUUGAAAAAGCAAAUUGAUGUGCUGAAUGGCAUAGCAUGGGAUAGGGAUGGUGACCGUCUUUUUGUCACAGGCAAAUUGUGGCCGAAGCUUUAUGAGAUUAAGUUGCACCCUUUGAAGACACCAUUCAACGGAGACAUCAAGCAGAUGUGCAUGCCCCCGGCAUUUCCAUUUUCAUGAUCCCUGCAGUGGAUUAUUCUUUUGCAAAUUCUGAAUUAUUCUGUUAGUGCAUCGAUAUUUGGGUCUAGAUAGAGAGAGAGGCACAUGCAGAUUUUGGGAGUGUACUGUGUACACAGAUUUUUGUAUAUGUACUCCCUUAUGCCCAAAAAAGAUGCAAAUUGUAGAUAGUCAACUCAAUUAUUAUUUGGUUUAGAGUAAAAUGCAACUCAAGUAGAAACGAAAGAUGACGUUUAUGGUCGAGUAUACCAUUCAGCUUUUCAUUUGAUUUUUAGUUUGAUACUUCAA